AUGUUCAAAAGUAGGAAACUCAAGACUGUCUCUAAUGCCAUCAAAUCUGUGGCAUCUAGAGAUGCAUCGAAUGGUAUAUCAUCCAAGAUGUUUGAACUUUCCGAAGUAAGCAGAUAUGGUAUGAACGGAAAAGUCACUAGUUUUGCUUUUGAUCCAGUUCAAAGUCUCCUAGCAGUUGGAACGGAUAGUUGUGAGGUGCAUGUUUAUGGUAAACAGCAGGUUGAAGUUGUUUUUACUCUCGAUGUUGAAGGAAUAAAAGAUAUAAGGUUUGUGAAGGGAAUAUACUUAUUGGUGCUUGACUCUAAAGAUACUAUAAGUGUACUGUCCUUAUACAAGAAAACUUUACUUUCUUCCUUCUUUGUUCCUGGAAAGGUGACUUGCAUUGAAACCGAUCCAUCUCUAGGUUGGGUCCUUAUUGGUUUACAAAGUGGAGCUACCCUUGCCUAUGAUAUCGAUAGAGAUUUCCUCUCCCGAUUUAAAAUAGAAAACUUGCAGAAAAGCAGAUAUUUUGUAAGAGAACAUCUAUCUCAAGUUGUGUCUAUCCAAUGGAAUCCUAGAGACCUUGGGACUGUUCUCAUCUCGUAUGACAAAGUAACCGUGUUGUAUUCAUUUGUGGAAGGCGAGGUAAAACAACAUUUCAUUCAUGAAGUUGAUGGAAAGGUUAUUAAAGUUUUGAAAUCUGUUUUCCAUCCUAAUGGAUUGAACGUGAUGACGAUCCACGAGGGGAAUUGUCUAGUAUUCUGGGACUCUAAUACAGGGAAGAAAAUUGUAUCAAGGUAUUUACUAGACGAUGGUCCAAUGUCUGGCUCAAUAAACAACACUAAUAUAUUUAAAGUUUCUUGGAUUCAAGAGAAAGACGAGAACUCCACCUCUUUACUCUUUGCAGGAGGAACAGGUGAUGCUAGUUCUGGCGAACAUAGUCUGACUUUGAUAAAUCUUGGCCCUACUCCGCUGUAUUCCGUAACAUCGUAUGAGAAAAUGGCUGCAUAUUAUACUCAACCCGUCAGCGAAAAGAUAAUUCCAAUCCCAAACAACUCACCUGUCGUCAAUUUCUUGCCACUUGCCAAUGGGAAUCCUCACUAUGGAGGAAAUUUUGCUCCCAUGGUCAUCCUAGUCUUAUUAGAGGAUGGUGAGAUAGAAACUUUGUUAUAUCCUUCGGGCCAUAUAACAUAUAAAGCAUCUUUGUUUCCUCAAAGUAUCUCAUGGAUAAGACCUGCAGCUACAACUUCUUUCGCCACGAGUGUGCCGAAGAAAUCAUGGAUCGGAAUGAUGUCAGUUACUUACAACAAGGACUAUAUCUUGCAAGGUGGAGCACCCGCCAAGAAAACCCUCAGAGUCCAUGAAAGUAGAUCAGCAUUAUCUACUGGCCAUACCAAUGGUUCAGUCAGAAUAUGGGAUGCUUCUCAUGGUGAGUUAGAUGAAACCUCCGUUUUUGAUGUCAAUGUUUCUCAUUCUCUCAAUACCGCUCAUUCAGUAGCUGUCGAUCACAUCUCUUAUGCGGGCGAAACUGCAGAGCUUGCAGUAUCUAUCGAAUCAGGAGAUGUGGUUCUUUACAAAUUCCAAGUCAAUGAAUACUUCACUUCAACUAAAGAUGCGGCUCUCGAAAUGAAUUUCAGAAGAUUCUCGCUAAAUGACAGACCAAAUGACAUUUUAGUUGAUAUAAGAGAUAGGGCACCAAAUAAUAUUAGAGAGGGAUUUAUGCCUAUAAGUGCCAUUCAUGCCAGAAAAGGCAAAGUUACCUGCCUAUGCAACAGCAAUAUCGGAUUUGUUGCUAUUACUUACGAAGAUGGAACAUUGCUCGUAGUUGACAGGAGAGGUCCUGCUAUAAUUUUCUUAGACAACAUUUCAAAAAUUUCAAAGGAGAGAAGUUCUUACAUAUCUUGCUUAGAUUUCGCAAUUAUGGAAUACGGAGAAGAUGGAUAUUCUUCUAUCCAACUUUUAUGUGGUACCGAUAUAGGGGAGGUACUGCUACUAAAAAUAAUCCCUGAUAGAAGCGGAAGGUAUUCCGUUCAACCAUAUGAUGCAUUCAGAGCUACCGAUGAUGGCCCAAUUGUUUCCCUUGCAACAAUUUCUAAGGUCAAUGCAAAUUCGUGCACGGCAACUAUUCCACAAAUGCUUCAGCUUUCCAAGGGCCUAAGAGUACCUGCACAAGUUAUCGCUACAGGAAAAAUGGAUGUGAGACUUGUAACUCCAGGAAAGUCAAAGGAUACUCAUAAGAUUUUCAAGUUUCCUAUCGCAUCAUCAGGGUUAUCUAUCGUACCUUUCACCAAUUCUAAAGGUGAGCGUUUAUCAUCUACCGUUUUGGUGGUCAUUCUAUUGAACGGUGACAUCAAGGUUUUGUCUUUACCAGAAUUGAAGGAAAUUAAAUCAUUCUCUGCAUUAUCAAAAGUUCAGGCAAGAUAUAUGAAAGAGUCCUGCGUCUUGAUCAACGGUGAUAUUGUAUACAGAUUAAGCAAGACAGAAGCAUGGCUUCUAAACAUUGUGAAAGAAGAUCAAAAUACCAUCUCGUCUAAAAUGGAUGAAAAGACAGAUACCUUAUAUAAUCCAAAUCUCAAAAUCAGGUCCAGACCAUACUACAAUACAUUACAAUGGGUCCGUGGAUCUAUUUAUUGCUCUUCCGAAGACUUGGACAAUAUACUAGGUGAAAAGAGACCAGAACCAAAGUUCGAAGAAGAAAAACUUGCUAACGGAACUAUCGUACUUUCUCAGAAAGAAGAGGUUCGCAAUACACAUGAGCUGUCAAGUAAUGGUGAAUUCCAAUAUCAGGCGCCAGUAAGACAUGGUGCAAAAAGUGGUGGCUACGGUGCAUUCAGAUCUAUAAACAGGGCCGUUCAGAACGGAAUGGAUACGCUUGAAGACUCCUUUAAUGAUUACGCAACUGCUGCUAAUGAAACCAUGAAUGAAGCUAUUGAACAAACAGGGAAAGACUUGAUCAAGGGUGCUUUCUCAUCCAAAAUGGGCUUUUGA